AUGGCCAUAGCAGACAAUAUCUCAAUAACCAUCUGCGGCGACGGUGGAUGCGAGGAUUCCUACUCAGUGACCCGUAUGGUCGAUGGUCUCCCCUACUUCCUAUCCAUCACCGACACCGCCGGUCAAGAAGAAUAUCGCGGACUAUGGACCGCCGCCAGCCUUAAGUCCGAUGCCUUUCUGCUGGUCUAUGAUAUUACGAAUCCCUCCAGUCUCGAAACGUUGGAUCACUUCAUGGUGUUGAUCAACAUGGAGGCAGAACAACGGGUGGAGGACAACCAGCGAUUGCGCAAGAAACUCGGUCCCGCCGCGGGACCCGGGGUAGGCAUGCCGCCGCCCGUCAGGAUCGUUGCUGGGAACAAAUGCGACCUGAAAGAUAGUCGCGCCGUCAGUUCUCGAGACGGGCUGGAGUAUGCGAGGCGAAAUGGGUGUGGAUUUAUGGAGACAAGUGCUCGGGAGAUGGUCAACAUUGAGGAGACAUUUGCUCGUAAGGAAAAUGGGGGAAAUGAAGGCGAUGCAAGAUAUGCUGACAGAAACUCAGACUUGGUCCGUCGCACUGUGGAAGCCCGUCGAGUUCAUGCGCAGGGCCCAGAUCGGCCUCCAUCUCGAACUGGCCAGUCCGUUCAUACAACUGCACUGCCCCAGACCACCACUGAUGCUAGUAAGCGGCAGACGCGGUCGCGUCGACUCGGAAUUGGUAGAGGCCGAAGACCGAUCGAAAUGACGGAGAAGGGAGAGGGAGAAGGA